AUGAAUGAUAAGACCCCAGGCCUUUCCUUCUACCAGAUGGCACCUCAGGAAGGCCAACAGUACAUGGGGAUUCUCUCUUUGUUGCUGCAUUUUAGAUGGACGUGGAUUGGGCUAGUUGUUAUGGAUAAUGACAAUGGCGAAAAAUUUGUGCAAAUUGUAGUUCCUCUGUUUUCCAAGAAUGGUGUGUGUUUUGCCUUCCUAGAAAGAAUCCCUGGUUUUAGUUUUGUCUCUGAAACUAAUGACAUGAUAAAUCAGGGGGCAAAAAUACAUGAUAAAGUGAUGAGCAGCAAAGCCAACAUUGUGGUGGCCUAUGGAGAAUCUUAUUCCAUGACAAUGUUCAGAUGGCUUCCAUAUAUAUCAGGGCUCGAACACAUGAGAAAUAAACCAAAGGGUACAGUAUGGAUAACAACAGCACAAGUGGAAUUCACUUCACUGGCCUAUCAAAGAAACUGGGAGACAGAUUUAUUCAAUGGAGCUCUGUCCUUCAAAAUUCACUCCAGUAAUGUACCUAGUUUCCCCCAAUUUGUUGCAAGCAGAAUCCCAUUUAGCAGAACAGAAGAUGGUUUUAUUACAGCAUUCUGGAAACAGGCAUUUGGAUGUGAGUUUCCAAAUAUUGUUGUGGACAAUAUAAAUGGAGAUAUUUGUACAGGGCAGGAGAAGAUGGAGAGCCUUCCGGGAACCUAUUUUGAAUUAACCAUGACUGGUCACAGCUACAGCAUCUACAAUGCUGUCUAUGCUGUGGCCCAUGCUUUACAAGAUAUGUCCUCAUCUGUACCCAAACGGAGAGGAAUGGUGGAUGAAAGAGGACCAAAGCUUCAAAAUCAACAGCUGUGGCAGCUCCAUCGUGUUCUCAGAGGUGUUUCAUUUAACAACAGUGUGGGGGACAAAGUAUUCUUCAAUGAGAAUGGAGAGGUAGUAGCUGGAUUGGAUAUUGUCAACUGGAUUCUGCACUCAAACCAGUCCUUUCAUCUUGUGAAAGUUGGAAGCAUUGCUGACCAAGCAUUCACUAUCAGAGAUGAUGGCAUAACAUGGCACAACUGGUUUAACCAGACGCAGCCUCUUUCCAUAUGUACCGAGAGUUGCCACCCUGGCUCCAGCAAGAAGGUGAAGGAGGGGGAGCCAUUCUGCUGCUAUGAUUGCAUCCCAUGUCCAGAAGGCAAGAUUUCAGAGCAGAAGGAUAUGAACGACUGCCAGAAAUGCACAGAUGGGAACUAUCCAAACAAAAACCAGGAUUUCUGUGUUCCCAAGACUGUAACCUUCUUGUCUUAUGAAGAACCAUUAGGGAUCAGUUUAGCUUGUUUUUCUCUGUCCUUUGCAUUGAUCACUGUUCUGAUCCUAGGAACAUUUAUGAAGCACCACGACACUCCCAUUGUCAAAGCCAACAACCGCGACCUCACCUACAUUCUCCUCAUCUCCCUCUUGCUCUGCUUCCUUUGUGCUUUACAGUUCAUUGGCCGACCUGAGAAGGUGACGUGUCUCCUGCGACAAACAGUUUUUGGAAGUGUCUUCUCUGUGGCUGUUUCUUGUGUCUUGGCAAAAACCAUCACAGUGGUUCUUGCAUUCAUGGCCACCAGGCCAGGAUCCAGGAUGAGGAAGUGGGUGGGGAAAAAGCUAGCUAACACCAUUGUUCUUUCCUGCUCUGUUAUUCAAGUAGGCAUUUGUACUAUAUGGCUGGCAACCUCUCCUCCACUCCCAGAUGCUGACAGGCACUCAAUGACUGAUGAAAUUAUACUAGAAUGUAAUGAGGGGUCCGUGACUCUGUUUUACUCUGUUCUUGGUUACAUGGGCUUCUUGGCCAUUGUCAGUUUCAUUGUGGCAUUCCUUGCCAGGAAGUUGCCGGAUAGUUUCAACGAAGCCAAGUUUAUAACUUUCAGCAUGUUGGUUUUUUGCAGUGUUUGGUUGUCCUUUGUUCCAACCUACCUGAGCACCAAGGGAAAAUAUUUGGUUGCUGUGGAGAUCUUUUCCAUUUUAGCCUCCAGCGCUGGCUUGCUGGGUUGCAUCUUUUCCCCCAAAUGCUACAUUAUUAUUUUGAGACCUGAACUGAACAACAAGGAACAGCUAAUAAGAAGAAAAGAAUGA